AUGACCAAUCUGUUCUCUGCAUCUGUGAUAGGAUACCGAAGAGCUUUCAAAAGAAGCCUUUUAUUCUCAGCCUUGUCUUAUUUGGGUUUUGAAACUUAUCAACUCAUUUCCCAGGCUGCUUUGGUUCAUGCCACAGCCAAAGUCUUUAAAGUUGAAGAGAUCCUUGAACAAGCAGACUACUUAUAUGAAAGUGGAGAAACAGAAAAACUUUAUCAGUUGUUAACCCAAUACAAGGAAAGUGAAGAUGCAGAGUUACUGUGGCGUUUGGCACGGGCAUCACGGGAUACAGCUCAGCUUAGCAGCACCUCAGAAGAGGAGAAAAAGCUCUUGGUGUAUGAAGCUCUAGAGUAUGCAAAAAGAGCGCUAGAAAAAAAUGAAUCAAGUUUUGCAGCUCAUAAGUGGUAUGCAAUCUGCAUAAGUGAUGUUGGAGAUUAUGAAGGCAUCAGGGCUAAAAUUGCAAAUGCCUACACUAUCAAGGAGCAUUUUGAGAAAGCAAUUGAACUGAACCCUAAAGAUGCUACCUCAAUUCACCUCAUGGGUAUUUGGUGUUACACAUUUGCUGAAAUGCCUUGGUAUCAAAGAAGAAUUGCUAGAAUGCUGUUUGCGACCCCUCCCAGUUCCACCUACGAGGAGGCCUUAGGCUACUUUCACAGGGCAGAGCAAGUGGAUCCAAACUUCUACAGCAAAAACUUGCUUCUUUUAGGAAAGACAUAUCUGAAGCUACACAACAGAAAGCUGGCUGCUUUCUGGCUGAUGAAAGCCAGGGACCACCCAGCACACACAGAGGAGGAUAAACAGAUACAGACAGAAGCUGCUCAGUUGCUUACAGGUUUCAGCGACAAGAAUUGAGAAUUUUUCAAGGAAAGCAGAUGAAAUAUCUAAGAAACAUUGCCUUUUCAUCAAAUUAUAAAGAUAAUACAUUGACCAUAACUAU